UCCUCAAAAACCCAACAACGCUCAAGUAAAAGAAAGAAGCUAAAGCUAAACUCUCUCUCUCUCUAUAUGUCUUCCAUGGCGGCCAAGAAGAAGAACAACCAGGAGCCGGCGACUAAUACAAGUCUCAAACUUCGCAUACGACUCAGUCUCUCCCUUUUGUCGUUUUAGCCUUUCCACAAUAUUUUCCUCUCUCUCAGCUAGCUCCUCCAUUAAAACCUCUCUCUCUUUCUCUCUCGGUUUUCGUGUCCAACUUCAGACUUUUCUCAAAGGCCCAUUACUUCUCUCUCGUUCCAAGAGAAAGAAAAAAAAAAGGAAAAACGACCGAGCUCAGUUUGAGCAGUUUUGAGAUCUGGGUUUGGCGAAUUUUGCUCUGGUUUUGAGUUUUAGAAGGAAAAAAAAAAGAAAAAGAAAGAUGGGAAGUAAAUGGAGAAAAGCGAAGGUUGCGUUGGGGAUGAAUUUGUGUUUGUAUGUUCCGAGGAAGAGAGAGGACGAGGAGCACUGUUUGUCGCCUCCUUCCUCGUCCUCCAUUGACACGGCGGAGAGGCUGUCGGACGCCGCUCUCCUCUCGCCGGCCCACUGGGCCGUCACCUCCUCCCGGCCCAAUACGCCCUCGCCUUCUUCCCACGGCUUGAAGCUCUCCAAGAGUGCCAGCAAAUCCUCCAAGCAGACAUGCUCCAUAUGCUUAACCAAAAUGAAACAAGGAGGCGGCCAUGCAAUUUUCACCGCAGAAUGUUCGCAUUCUUUCCAUUUCCACUGCAUCACCUCGAACGUAAAACAUGGCAACCAGAUUUGCCCGGUUUGUAGAGCAAAAUGGAAAGAGAUUCCUGUACAAGGUCCAACUCUGGAUCCUCCUCCCGGGAGGGCGUCCAUUAGUCCAGUAGGUUGGCCCCAAAAUGAUGCAGUGAUGACUCUGGUCCGCAGAUUACCUUCCCCUCGACGGCACGUUGUUCCUCUAUACCAGGCUCCAGAGCCAGGCAUAUUUGAUGAUGACGAAUCUUUGGGCGACCAAGCUGCCUUCUUCGAGAGAAACACCUUCAAUAAAGAUGCUGCAGAUAACAUUCCCUCCAGAACAUUAGAGAUCAAAACAUACCCAGAAGUCUCAGCUGCUCCCCGUUCCAAAUCUUAUGAUGAUUUUACCGUUCUAGUCCAUUUAAAAGCAGCUGCAACAAUCAAGAGACAAAAUCUCAGCAGACAUCAUGCCAGCCUGCAACAGCUCUGUCAAACUCCUCGUGCUCCUGUCGACCUUGUCACUGUACUGGACAUCAGUGGUAGCAUGGCAGGUACAAAGUUGGCAUUGCUCAAAAGGGCAAUGGGGUUUGUGAUACAGAAUCUUGGCUCCAACGACAGGCUUUCAGUCAUCGCCUUCUCUUCAACAGCACGUCGCCUCUUCCCUCUCCGUCGAAUGACUGAUGCAGGGCGGCAGCAGGCACUGCAAGCAGUCAACUCUUUGGUUGCAAAUGGUGGGACCAACAUUGCCGAAGGCCUGAGAAAGGGUGCCAAGGUAAUGGAAGAUCGAAGGGGGAAAAAUCCGGUGUCUAGCAUAAUAUUGUUGUCCGAUGGACAGGACACUUACACUGUCAAUGGCUCAGGAGCCAACCAGCCUCAACCAAAUUACCAGCUGCUGCUCCCCUUGUCCAUCCACGGUGGUGACAAUGCAGGGUUCCAGAUUCCCGUCCAUGCUUUUGGAUUCGGUGCAGACCACGAUGCCUCUUCAAUGCACUCAAUUUCUGAGACAUCAGGCGGGACUUUUUCAUUCAUAGAGACUGAAGCUGUGAUCCAGGAUGCGUUUGCCCAGUGUAUUGGAGGGCUGUUGAGUGUUGUGGUCCAGGAGCUGCAAGUAGCUGUUGAGUGUUCAAACCAGAAUGUUCGGGUUCGAUCGCUAAAAGCGGGGAGCUACCCAAGUCGAGUGGUGGCUGAUGGACGGAUGGGAUUCGUUGAUGUUGGGGACUUGUAUGCCGAUGAAGAGAGGGAUUUUCUGGUCUCAGUUCAUGUCCCAACAGAGAGUGGCAAUAAAACAUCAUUGGUGAAAGUGAAAUGCACGUACAAGGAUCCGAUAACGAAAGAAACGGUGACACUGGAAAGCGAGGAAGUUAGGAUUGAGAGACCUGAAAUAGCAGGACAAGCAGUGGUGUCGAUAGAAGUAGACAGGCAACGCAACAGGCUGCAAGCAGCGGAGGCAAUGGCGCAAGCACGAGCUGUUGCUGAGCAAGGAGAUCUGGCCGGUGCAGUCUCUAUACUUGAAAACUGUCGGAAAUUGUUGUUGGAGACGGUCUCAGCAAAAUCCCGUGACAGGCUGUGUGUGGCGUUGGACGCUGAGCUCAAGGAAAUGCAAGAGAGGAUGGCAAGCAGGCAUGUUUACGAGGCAUCUGGGAGAGCUUAUAUCCUCUCGGGGUUGAGCUCGCAUUCCUGGCAAAGGGCAACCGCCAGAGGCGACUCCACAGAUGGUUCGAGCCUUGUUCAGGCGUACCAGACCCCAUCAAUGGUUGAGAUGCUCACUCGGUCUCAGGCUAUGUUGCUGGGCAGCCCGUCAGCUCAGAGGCUUGUUCAACCAUUAUUGUCUCUGGGAUCACAACCUAAGCCCAGGUAAUAUGGGGCCAUUACAAAAGCAGUCAAUAGCUUUUUUUCUGGUGGCUUUUCAUUUUUGUUGGUCUAUUUUGAAGAGAUGUUGGAGGAGGUUUCUUGGGAUUUCAUUUUGGUCCUCUUGCCUUGUAACGUGUAAAUGAAUAAAGAGUGGGGGAAUGGUCAAUGGCAUGGGAUAUAUUUUGGGAAGUAAAAAAAUGAAGAAAAGGAAACACUUUUUUGGAUGUUUAUUACAUAAGUAUUUUUGUUUUCCUUUAAUUGUGUUGGGGGUGGUGUACAUAAAGAGAAAUGGGUUUUUCUCAAUGGGAAUGGGAAAAUGGGUAUAAAAGUUCGGUAUUCUGUGAGAAUGGUUGGGUUGAAUUCAUCACCUGAAUGUAUAAUCUACCUGCUCUUAAUUCUUUUAACAAAGCUUUGCUAGUUGAGUUCAUAUUGAUUUGACUUGCUCUCUUUCUCUCUCUCUUCUGACAAAUGAUAUCUUCAAGAGGG